GCGCAACCAACCAACAGUGGGCAUUCAUGAAUAUUUCUUUGGGAGUGAGGUAUAGUAUACAAAUGCGUGACUACUUUUCGCUAAAUAGUUUUUUAUUUAAACGAGCUAAUUGCAGGUGCAAUUCUGGUCCUUGUUGUUUUUAACAUAGCAUUUGAGAUCUGUUCCAGUUUUUGAUCAUUUUGAUGUAGUGUCGCUGCUAAAAGAUGCCGCAGCCGAAAUCCCGAAAAAUCGCCGUCCUGGGCUACAGAUCCGUCGGUAAAUCCUCCUUGACAAUACAGUUUGUGGAAGGCCAGUUUGUCGACUCAUAUGACCCAACCAUUGAAAACACGUUUACAAAGAUGAUCACAGUGAAUGGUCAGGAGUACCACCUGCAGUUGGUGGACACAGCUGGACAGGAUGAAUACUCCAUUUUCCCUCAGACCUACUCCAUAGACAUCAACGGAUACAUUUUGGUGUAUUCUGUCACGUCAAAUAAAAGUUUUGAAGUAAUAAAAGUUAUCCACGAAAAAUUAUUGGAUAUGGUGGGUAAAGCACAAGUACCCAUCAUGUUGGUGGGGAACAAGAAAGAUCUUCACAUGGAACGUGUAAUCAGUUGUGAAGAAGGCAAAGCACUGGCUGACUCGUGGAACGCAGCAUUCAUGGAGUCCUCUGCAAAAGAGAACCAGGUGAUGACGAUGACUGGACAUUCCCUCCCACAGCCAUCGACGGCGGUGGAGGUGUUCAAGAGGACCAUCCUGGAAGCGGAGAAAAUGGAGGGGGGAGCCCCCCAGGGCAGGACGUCCUGCUCCCUGAUGUAACCAUCCGCCUCGGGCCCUCGCAACCCGUCCCCAACCACAGCACUGGACACUGGGAAAUCCCUCUACUUGAAGUGGCUAACAGCCUGUUCUCCCUUGAGAAACGUCUUCUUUUCUUCCCUUUUAUUUGUGGUUUUUUGGGGGAAGGACAGAGGAAGACUUUGACAUUAAGAGUAAUUAUCCAUCCCAGCUUAGAGUACACUCGUAUCACCCCCCCGUCUUCCCCUUCUUCUGAGAAAUUUCGAGCCUACUUCUCAUUUAAAGCCUGUAAUCUCAUUGCUACCUGACCCCCCUGCCUUCCCCUUAAAGUUUGUAUAACAACAUAUGUCAUAAAGUUAUUAUGGCCACUACAGUUGGCCAGCAUUCAUUCACUAGUGUAGUGAAUGUUGAUUCCCUUUUUUUGUUUUUGUAAUCAUUAAAUCUGCAUAUUGUUUCACUACA